AUGCAGGUGCAGAUGCGGAGCUUCAGUACCCUUGAGGGCCUGAGGCGACCAUCCCGCAUUUCUGAAAAAAGUAGAGGGAAAGGCCUGCCUUUUGCUGCUCUGCUAUUGCCAAUCAUACAGGAAUAUUUUGAGCAUGGAGAUACUAAUGAAGUAGCAGAAAUGCUGAGAGAUUUAAAUCUUGGUGAAAUGAAGAGUGGAGUACCAGUACUGGCUGUGUCCUUGGCAUUGGAGGGAAAGGCCAGUCAUAGAGAAAUGACAUCUAAGCUCCUUUCUGACCUUUGUGGGACAGUAAUGAGCACAAAUGAUGUGGAAAAGUGAUUUGAUAAAUUGUUGAAAGAGCUACCUGAAUUAGCAUUGGAUACUCCCAGAGCACCACAGUUGGUGGGCCAGUUUAUUGCUAGAGCUGUUGGAGAUGGAAUUUUAUGUAAUACCUAUAUUGAUAGUUACAAAGGAACUGUAGAUUGUAUACAGGCUAGAGCUGCUCUAGACAAGGCGACUGUGCUCCUGAGCAUGUCAAAAGGAAGAAAGUGCAAGGAUAGUGUGUGGGGCUCUGGAGGUGGACAGCAGUCAGUUAAUCACCUUGUUAAAGAGAUUGAUAUGCUGCUGAAAGAGUAUUUACUCUCUGGAGACAUAGCUGAAGCUGAACAUUGCCUUAAGGAACUGGAAGUACCUCAUUUUCACCAUGAGCUUGUAUAUGAAGCCAUUGUAAUGGUUUUAGAGUCAACUGGAGAAAGUACAUUUAAGAUGAUUUUGCAUUUAUUAAACUCCCUUUGGAAGUCUUCUGCCAUUACUCUAGACCAAAUGAAGAGAGGUUAUGAGAGAAUUUACAAUGAAAUUCCGGACAUUAACCUGGAUGUUCCACAUUCUUACUCUGUGCUUGAGCGGUUUGUAGAGGAAUGUUUUCAAGCUGGAAUAAUUUCCAAACAACUUAGAGAUCUUUGUCCUUCAAGGGGCAGAAAACGUUUUGUAAGUGAAGGAGAUGGUGGUCGUCUUAAACCAGAGAGCUACUGAAUAUAAGAACUCUUGCAGUUUUAGAUCUCAGAUCUCACAAGAUUAUAUAUAUCUGAAUUGUAAGAGUUGUUAGCACAGGUUUUUUUUUUUUU